UCGUCCAGUCCAGAAGCAGAAGAAGCUGAGAGGAUGAGUGACGUCCGGUCGAACUCGUCCACCGUGUCCCAGGGGACAGGCCCGUCACCGGGGGGGGGCUCCUGUGGCGAGGAGCCUCCAGCCUUCGUCCUCCCUCCUCGCAACGUCCGGGUUCCCCUGGGAGGAGACGCCCGACUGGAGGGCAAGGUGUAUGGACAUCCUGAGCCUCAGGUCACAUGGUACAGGGAGGGGAGGGCUGUGAUUGGCGGAGAGCGCUGUGUCCUGGUGAGAGGUGGGCGGGGCACCUUCAGCCUGGUGGUGGGUGGAGUCAGAGAGGAUGACCUGGGACGUUACACCUGUAUGGCGACCAAUCACGCAGGGAGCCGACAAGUUACUGUGGAGAUACUCUUGGAAGAGGAUUCUGGGAAGAGGAUCAUCCUCCCGUCCUCCAUGAAACCAGGGUGGCGCACUAACACACAGAUGCUGGAGAGCAGGACCAGCUUCUGGGCUGAGAGUCCGCCCAAGUUCAUCAGCAAACCGAGCCGGGUCUACGCCAAACUGGGUCAGAUCGGGAGGUUCUCCUCCAAAGUAACCGGACGACCACAGCCCCUGGUCACAUGGUACAAGGAGGGGGCGGGGCUUCCUUUCUGCAGGCGGGUCAGUACAUAUGAGCGCUUGGGCCUUCACUUCCUGGAGAUAAAGGAAGUUUGUGCAGAAGAUGCAGGAACUUACACGUGUUCGGUCUCCAACGCUGCUGGAGCAGCGACGGUCAGCGCCGAGCUCCAGGUUCAGGGUGCUGACUCCUCCAGCAGGACGGAUCACACAACUGACCCCUCACAGACCAGCACAGUGGACGGAGCUGCACCCUCCUCCCACACAGAGCAGCAGCAGCGCCCCCUGCAGGCAGACUCCUGGAGGAGCAGGCCUCCUGUCCCGCCGGUGCCUGAGAGGAGAACUGCAGCUGCUCCAGUUCAGGCCGUCCUCCGUCCUCCUGCAGGUCCCACCGGCUCAGACAGCAGCAGGGCUGUGUGGAGGUCAGUGCCGUGGUCCAACCUGAGGUUUGAGGCCGUUCCUCUGGACCAGGAGGCCACGGUGGGAGGACAGGUGACCUUCACCUGCCAAGUCUCGUCUGCUGCCGUUCCCAUGGUUACCUGGCUGAAGGACGGGAGGCCGGUGAGGACAGGACCAGUUCUGCAGCAGAGGCAGGACGGAGCCUGUCUGUCCCUCACCCUGGAGAGAGUAAGACAUCUGGACCAAGGGAUGUACCGGUGUCAGCUGACCACAGCUGAUGGUCCGACCAUCGACUCAGCAACAUGGAGUCUCAGUGUCCAAAAGGGCCCUCUUCCAGAUGAGGCUCGAUCCUCCUAUGUCGGGGGUGUGGCCAUGCUUACCGUCCAGAACUCAUCAUGCCGCCAUGAAGGUGGACUGCAGGGUCGCAGGUCAGAGGUCACAGAGGUCGGAGGAGUGUGUGAGGCUCCACGUUUUAUCAGACGACUGAUUGACCUGAAGGUGAUGGACGGCAGCACAGUGACCAUGAAGGUGGAACUGACUGGCCAUCCCUCUCCAGAGGUGGUGUGGCUCCAUGACGGACAGGAAGUGGCCGAGUCGGAGGACUUCCAGCUCCUCAGGGAGGAGAACCGCUGCACUCUGCUGAUCCAGGAGGUUUUCCCUGAGGAUACAGGGACGUACAGCGUCCAGGCCUGGAACCGCCACGGAGAAGACUCCACCCAGGCCCGCCUCACGGUGGAGGAACCUCCGAACGGUGUCCAACCCUGGUUCAUCACCAAACCCAAACCAGUGAGCGCCGCUGUGGGUCGGCACGCCCUCCUGUCGUGUGCCAUCGCUGGAGACCCUUUCCCCCAGUACAGCUGGACCAAAGCACACCUGAGCCGACCUCUGACUUCAGGAGACGACUACGAGCUGCUGCAGAAAGACGAUGUCAUCUCGCUGCUCAUCAGGAGAGUGAAGAAACAUCAUGCUGGAGAUUACGUGAUCAGCCUGAGGAACACUGUUGGUGAGUGUGUGUCCAGGACCAGUCUGUGUGUCACUGAGACAGACGGGACGAGAGGAGGAGAGGACGACAGCCCUGCAGCAACAGCAGGAGGAACAGGAGGAGGAGGAGGAGGAGGAGUAGCUGGUGGGAGUGCGGCGCUGAGAGGAGGUUCCAGAGGAGGAGGAGGAGGCGUGGAGCCCAGAGGCAGCAGCAGAGGUGGUGUCAGUCGGCAGGAGGCCAACCAGGAGCAGAAGGAGAACCAGCCUCUCCUGCACCUGCACAAGGAGGAGAACAAGAAGAAGGAGGCUGACCAGGACCGUCCCGCCACUGCUCCCCGAGGCCUCCUCAGACACUGUGUGGACACCAGGGAGCGUGGCGAAGAGGAGCUGCGACAGAGGGAGGCGCAGCAGCUGGAUUUCCGCUCUCUGCUGGGACACCAAGCUUUUCACGCCAAAAACAACCAGGGAGAGGAGCCAAGGGAGGCCGGCCUCGAACACCGCCGACACCACCAGAUGGAUUUUAAGGCCAACCUGAAGGGGGUCAAACCCAAGACGGAGGAGGACCGCAAGGUGAGCUCCACGCAGCAGGUGGACUUCCGUGCUGUACUGGGCAAGAAGAGCGCUGCCGGCAGCAACGGCAAGAAACUAGCUGAGACGCCUGAAAAGGACGCCACCGACUUCAGGUCCACUCUUGCUAACAAGAAGAAGCCAGCCAGCCCAGAGAAGAAUGGAGAGAGUGGGAAGACUGCAGUGAACAACUGUGUGGACGGAGCGAUUCACGACAAGAGGAGUGGCGGAGGAGGCAAGGCACCAGAGUUUGUGGAGACACUGAAUGAUGGGACAGUGGUGGACGGACAGCGCCUCCGGCUGCAGUGUCGCCUCGCCGCCGCCACCUCUGACCCCCCAGAGGUCACCGUCACCUGGACGCUGGACGGGAAGGUCAUCAAGCCCUCAAAGUUCAUCGUACUUGCCAACGAAGGAGGCCUGUGCUCUCUGACCAUAGACAAAGCUCUGCCGGAGGAUGAAGGUCAGUACCGGUGCAGAGUUGAAGGGUCAGCAGGACGAGCUGAGUGCUGCUGCAUGGUGCUGGUUGAUGACCCGACAGAAAACUCUCCUGCAGACAAGAAGUCGAAGAAGUCGACUCCGACCUCAGAGAGUGAAGCCAGGAUAAAGAAACCAACUCCCAAGACUCCUCCAAAACAAGCUCUGCCUCCUCAGAUCCUUCAGUUCCCUGAGGACAUGAAGAUCUUGGCGGGAGAGAAAGUGGAGAUCCUCUGUACGUUCUCUGGAGCUCCGCCCAUCAGCUGCACCUGGCUAAAGUUCAGGAAACCAAUCCAGGAGGGCUCGGCCGACAUCUCCAUCAACAGCGGUGACGGCAGCAGCAAACUGACCAUCUCCAGCGGCCAGCAGGAACACUGCGGCUGCUACACCGUGGAGCUGAGGAACAACUACGGCCUCCGACAGGCCGCCCUCAACCUCACCAUCGUCGAUAAACCUGACCCUCCAGCGAAGGUUCCGGCCACCUCAGAUAUCCGGCGGGCCAGUCUGACCCUGUCGUGGUACGGGCCGACCUACGACGGCGGCAGCGCGGUUCAGUCGUACAACGUGGAGAUGUGGGAGUCCGUGGAGCAGCAGUGGAAACACCUGGUGUCGUGUAACAGCACCUCCUAUAACAUCCAGAACCUUCUUCCUGAACGUCAGUACAAGUUUCGUAUUCGGGCGGAAAACAUUUAUGGCGUGGGCGAGCCGAGUGCGGAGUCUGAGCCCGUCACGAUGGGACUGGUGGACGACGAGAACCAGGACGAGGCCGAAGAUGAAGAUGAAGACUUGGAGAAGGAGCCGGACUACAGAGACGUUAGCAUCCGAGCAGACGUGAAGGUGAAGGAGCUAUACGACGUGGAGGAGAGACUGGGAACGGGAAAGUUCGGUCAAGUCUUUAAACUGGUGGAAAAAGCAACGAGGAAGGUUUGGGCUGGAAAGUUCAUCAAGGCUUAUUCAGUGAAGGACAAGGACAACGUCCGGCAUGAGAUCUGCAUCAUGAACAGCCUCCAUCACCCCAAACUGGUCCAGUGUAUCGAUGCCUUCGAGGGCAAGUCCGACAUCGUCAUGGUGCUGGAGAUGAUCUCCGGCGGCGAGUUGUUCGAGCGGAUCAUCGACGAGGACUUUGAGCUGACGGAGCGGGAGGUGAUUAAAUACAUGCUGCAGAUCAUCGAUGGAGUCAACUUCAUCCACAAACAAGGCAUUGUCCACCUCGACCUCAAACCUGAGAACAUCAUGUGUGUCAACAAAACCGGCAGCAAAAUCAAACUCAUUGACUUCGGCCUCGCCAGACGACUAGAAAAUGCUGGAACUCUCAAGGUUUUGUUUGGGACCCCGGAGUUCGUGGCCCCCGAGGUGAUUAACUACGAAGCCAUCAGUUAUCCCACCGACAUGUGGAGUAUAGGAGUCAUCUGUUACAUAUUGCUCAGCGGUCUGUCUCCCUUCAUGGGCGACAACGACAACGAGACUCUGUCCAACGUCACCUCGGCCUCGUGGGACUUUGAGGACGACGCCUUCGAUGAAAUCUCCGACACCGCCAAAGACUUCAUCACCAGUCUGCUGAAGAAGGACAUGAAAGCUCGGCUGACCUGCGCUCAGUGUUUCGAUCACCCUUGGCUGAAGCAGGACACCAACACCAUGAAGGCCAAGAAGCUGUCGAAGGAGCGGAUGAAGAAGUACAUCCUGAGGAGGAAGUGGCAGAAAACGGGUCACGCUGUGCGAGCCAUCGGCCGCCUGUCGUCCAUGGCCAUGAUGGCUGGAGUCAGCGCCAAGAAGGGUUCACCCACCGAAGAGGACAAUCAGUUCCUGGAGUGUUUGGAGUACGAGCAGAAGACCGAGUGCAAACCCACUUUCAGCUCCGUCAUCAAAGACGUGGAGGUGGUGGAGGGAAGUGCCGCUCGCUUCGACUGCAAGAUAGAAGGUUUCCCUGAUCCAGAGGUGGUGUGGUACAAAGACGAGCAGCCAAUCAAAGAGACCCGACACUUUCAGAUCGACUACGAUGAAGACGGAAACUGCAGUCUGGUCAUUUCAGAGGUGUCGGGCGACGAUGACGCUAAGUACAUGGUGAAGGCGGUGAACAGUCUGGGGGAGGCGACCUGCUCCGCUGAGCUGCUGGUGGAGGUGAUGGCGGGAGAGGAGGAGGAGGAGGAGGAGGAGGAGGAGGAGGAGGAGGAGGAGGAGGAGGAGUAAAGAAAUGACCAUCUUGACUAUCAUAGGAAGAGGAGGCGGAGCUCAGCAGUUCUUCAGCCUGUCAGACCUGAGCAGGAAAGUAAUGACCCAUUCGUAACAGGUUGUGAUUGGAGGAGCUGGAGGCGGGGUUUGACUCACCAGGUUUCACUGUGGUUGUGACUGAAAUCUCUCACUGUUCACACCUUCAUUAUAUUAACUAUAUAACUAUAUAAUAUAUCUAUGUCUUCUAUAUAGAGACGAUACAUGAGGUCAUCGAGAAAACACAAAUACUCUCUCAAGUGUAAGACGUAAAACCACAACAGCAAUGUCGGCUGGUGAAAAAUCCCACUGUAAAUUUGUUAUGUUUAUUUCACAAUUAGUAUUUAUAUGUGACCAUCGGUUGUGAGUACAUUUUACAGGGUAAUGGCGAAGUCACUAUAAAGCGAUAAGAGGGAGUUCAGCCUGUGUGUCGACAGGUGGACCAACACAGACGGGGAGAAACACCGCCCUCUGGUGGAGAGUCCCUCUUUAAUCAUGAGCAUUUAAAUAAGAGUCGGUGCCAAUAUUUAGCAACACAAAGUCCUUUUCAAGUAAGAAUUCAUUGAUAACAGCUGGCUCCCAUCCACUCCCAUGUUAGACCUCUGUGCGGGUCACACCGGAGGCUGAAGCGCCGGGCAGCGAGCGUUUCGGCGUCGAAUCGUUUGUUUUACGUUUGACGUGAGUGUAUCGCGACAGGAAACACACUAAAAAAUGAUUUUAAACAAUAUUGAUGAAAUAUUUUAUAUGAUAUAAAUUAUCAAAUAUGCAUCCCAUACUUUGUAUUCACCUUCUGUUGUCCUGGAGUUUUAAUUUUACCACUUUUACCGAACACAUUAUUAAAUGUCCCCCCCUGCCCAUCCACUACAGCCACACAAGCAGUCACAAAGAUAAAAAGAGAGAGGGGGAGCUACGUAUUCUCCACAUAGGCUUGAGUGCAGAAUACGUAAUUUACCCUCGACACCCGACAUGUGACGGAGCAAACAGCGAAGUUCUUCAACAUGGAUGAUACUAAAUUAAUAAUUGAAGUGGAGAAGUGCAGUGAGUUGUAUGAUCCUCGGAACAUGUUGUAUAAAGACAACACCAAGGAGGACACAUGUUGGGACGCUGCUGCAGUUAGUGUUGGAGCUACAUGUAAGUGUGUUCUUGAAUACUACUGGAUCAACGGGGGAAACUAUUAGCGCUGUCCUGUGCUUCAGCGUCGGGUGUGAACCCGGCGUUAGUCUCACAGGUGUGAUUUGACCUGCACGGUUCUCUGUUAAACUCCGCCCACCUGAAACCUGAACAAACUCCGCCCCUCACAUUCACCUCUGUUCAUCUAUCUCCUCAAACAACUCUUUCUUAAAGAACUUUCUUAAAGAACUUGACACGAGUCUUAAAAACACGUUUCUGUGGAUCGACUGGUUGAAGAGACACAUUGAAUUGUGGGAGUUGUAGUUUCGCUCUAUGAACAGACUCAGCUUCUUUGGUGUUAAAGAUUUUUAAGAAUCAUGUUUCUGAAGAAAUAUGUUGAUGAAGAGUCGUCACACGCACACGGACUCAACAUAUUAAAGACAGCUCCGAGCCCUGGCUACAGACUGUUUAUAAAUGAAGAUGAGUCCAGGUGAGGAAGAGGAGGGUUCGAUGGAGGGUGAUGAAGAUGAACAGAGUCAGGUCACCGAAGAACAACAGACUUGAGACAAAGAACAGAAGCUAAUCAUGUUAGCAUUGCAGCUAACACAUUGAUAACAUUAGAAGAUGAUCCAUGUGUUAGUGAUAAACUACGACUGGAUAUUAAAUGUAAUUAACGUAACUAAACAUUGGCUACUAAGAGCAGGUGAGUUGAUUCAAAUAGUUCGAAGCCUCUGCAUAAAUACAGGAGGCUAACGAACAUUUGCUCACUGUUAGCAGACAUAUAUGUCCAGAGCUAGUUGAUGUUAGCCAACAAGCUAACACUGACUAGCUAUCUAGCGGCAGAAGUUUGAAACAAUUUAAAAGUUUUAACAAUAAAAUUACAUUUGUCCAGAAUUUGUAUCUCAGAUCAGUUAAAAACAAAGAAACGGUCGUUGUGAUGAGCUGCAGCGUUACAGCUAACUUCACAGAGCACUAAGAUGUAUACGUUUAUUCAACUCACAAGCUAGCAUACAUUAGUUCAAUAGUCUUUACUGUGAAACAACUUUUACCCAUCAGAAUAAACUUAUUGGUUAAAAAAACGAGAGUGAAUUAGUCAUCGUUAAAACGGAUGUAGCCCUAAAGCUAACAUCAGAUAGAGAGCUAACUAACAUGAGCUAACGACACUGUGACUGAUGUUAGAUUCUUUUUUACAGAGGAUUUUAGCUAGGUUGAGAUACUAACAUUUGUUAGCUAACGUUAGCACAGCAGCUAAUAAACAGCUGUGAGGAGCAAAUUAAACUUAGGACGACAAUCGUUGAACAUCCAUUGCAAAAGCGUGGUGGGGCUUCUGGGUAAUGGAGUCCUCUAAAUGCCUGAAUAUUGAUGUGACCUGACUCUGUUGAUAUGAAGAUAAAUUUCAGUGAGAUGUUUGUGUCGAAGACUCAGCUGCUGAUUUUAAUGUUUUCAGCUGAGAGACGUUGAAUCGUCAGUUUGUCUCUUUCCUUCUGUUUGAGCACUUCUCUUUAUGUCUCUUCGUAUUUUUGGCUUAAACAGCUAGCAGCUAACAGCUAGCAGCUAACAGCUAACAGCACAUCUGCCUUACGACAUGAGCUGUUAAACACGACACUUUAAAUGACGUCUGCUCAGUUUCUUCCGGACGUUUGUAUCGUUGUGGGUGAAGUCGUUUUCUUUAAAGACACAGAGCUCACACUCUUCAGGGAGCGUAGGCUUUAACUGAAGAGCUCUGGAUUCAUCAGAGAAAAACAUGUUCUCAUUAAUAUUAACAUCACUGAGAAAUACUUAAAUCAUAAGAUCUGAUCGUUCUGUGAAAUUAUAAGAUAAAGUUUUGAAUUUACAUGAAAUCUCAUCAGUAUCUGUAAUAAUGACGUCUUUAUGUCAUAAUGUGUCAGGAAACCUCUCAGUGUCUCAAUGUUAUUCAGAUUUAUGAUGUGCUUCAGUUUGAGAUUUCAACACGUCUGACAAAACGUUUUAAAGAAAGAUUCUGGAACAGAGUUGAUUUGAUCAUCUCUUUGGAUUAAUUGUGUAAAUUCAAAUCUUCAGGUGCCUAACCAUGUCCCCUCCGUGUGUUGGGUAGAAACCAGACGUGAUUUAAACGUGUGUGGCGUGUUAACUUGUCAUGUCCACACUAAUGUCCAAGUCGUAUCUUUGAACAUGUUUUUGUCACAUUCCAGCUGUUUGUGCUUUAAUCCAUUUAUUUAAAAUCUUUUCAGGCUGAUUCAGAUUUCAACCAAAAACCAAAGAAGUGUGUUGAAACGUCACACGUGUGUGUUAGUGUGUGUUUGUGUGUGAUCAUCUGUUUAACAUACCUGGGCCUGUUUGUGUGUUCGAUGGAAGAUUUUUUAUUUUUAGACUUAUUUAAUGCACAGGUUUAUAAUUAUAAUAUUAUCAUUUGUCUUGUUGAAGAUUCAGCACUUAAUUUGUCACAGUUAUUACCCCCCCCCCCACUAAACAACAGUGACUCACAGCGACUGAUCUUGUGUUAGAUGUAUGUAGAUUCUUUUAUAGAUAUAUAUAUAUCAGUUGGAUGAACAGCAGACGACAUGUAUGAGAACACUACGACUGUAGUUACUCACAGAUACCAAAUAAAUUUUUAUCACCAAACAAA